AUGGAUUCAUCACAAUUCCCACUGGGGUUAGACCCGUAUUUAUCACGUCAGCAUCUUCUCCAUCAUACAUACUCACCACUCAUAUCAGUGCAAUCGUCAUACAAUGCUGAUUUACUUGUACAAGAGACAUUAAAUAAUCCAAACUUAUCAUUUCUUCAGUUUGUCAAACCAUAUGGGAAUAAUGCCAAACAUACAAUUCCAGGUCAAUCUUUUAAGAUCACUAAUUCGCAACUCAUUACUAAGAAUUACCCCUCAUUCCCCAUUAGAUUUGAAUUAUGUCUUCCAGAACUUUUAUCUAUUUUAAAUGCAUCAUCAAAUUCCAAUAUUAAUUCUAAUUCUAGCCAAGUUUCAGAUUCGAAAUUGCGUCAACUUUUCAGCAUAUCUUCAUUAGAAGUUCUUCUUAAACAUCGAAGUGAUAAUGGAAGCACGGAUAAUUUAUAUUUGGAUUUUUUCAGCAAGGUUAUCACAUCGAAUAAGAUAGUUCCAUUUGAAACUUUUAACCAUCCAAUAUCUCAAAUUUUUGUCAUAGAUUAUCAUAGAGAUACUGUUGAAGUUCUCAGGAAAUUAAUUGUAGAAUUCCGCAAUUAUAAUUUCCCAAAGUUUUUCCAAAUUGAUGAUUUAUUAAUUCAUUUAUUUAUCUUGUAUGAUCCGGAGAUUGUUAAAGACACAUCUCAACUUAUAGAUUUCCAAAACUUGAUUCGAAAGCAAUUAAGUAUAGCAAGUACUUUGAUUCCAUUUGGUAAGCCAGAUACUUCAUCAGAAGAGCCAUUAAUCAGUUUAUCAAUUAAAGAAAAUUCAACAAUUGAAGAAGAUUUACAAAGAAUAUCUCUAAAUGAUCAAGAUGAGGAUGUCUUGGAAGUUCCUCAGCAAUUAGAUCUGGUGAUACGUAAAAGGAUAUUUGAAUUCAUCAAUAAAUUACUUAUUCCUCAUAUGGAGAAAAAAAUAAGAAUUUGGGAUGAUCUGGUGCUUUCACCAAAAAAGUCAAUCACUGGCAGAUUUUUCUCAGUGUCGAAAAUGUUAUUCAAUAACUCUAAUAGUCCUGAACCUCAAUCGCAAUCAUCGAAUUCUUUUAAUUAUUCAGAGAAUUAUUAUCAUAAAUCUUCAUCAGAACAAAUAAUUCGAAAACUAGCUGAUUGGUCAUUAAUAUUAAAAGAUUUUAAGUAUUCCUACUCCACAUAUGAUUUGAUUAAGAAGGACUACACCAAUGAUAAAGCAUGGGCAUAUGUAGCCUCAGCACAAGAAAUCUGUGUAGUAUCUUUACUAUUAGCACAAACUCAACAAACUCAACAACCACAAGUUCCCGAUCGGAAUACCUUUAGGAAAAUCCGUCAUGAUAUUAUAGAACCUUAUUGCGACAACUUGUUAUAUACAUUCAAGUCCAGACUUAAUUUGAAAAGUUAUGGAAUUAAGGCAUUACUUGUGUUUACAGAAUUACUUUUAUGUAUCAGUAUUCAUUAUAAUAAUUCUUGGUGGUGGAACGAUUUGAUUGAAAAAUACUUGUGUAAAUGUCUAAAUGAGUUUGAUAAACAUUUAACCAAUGGUACUCAAGUUAUACGUGCUCUACUCUAUGAACGAUUAGGAUAUAGUUUUGGGAAAUGCUUUUAUCUUGGAACUCAUGACCCACAAGCUUGGGUGAAGCCAACUAUAAAUAAUGAUGAUUCUGAAGGAUUAUAUGUUAAUCCGAAUAAACUUCAUAUGAAAUCCGCUCAUUUGGCAGGUCUUACUAGAUAUAGAAGAUCUUCCAUGUGGUAUAUACUUUCCAUGAAGGAAUGGCUUGAAUUGAAGAAUUACGACCAGAUCGAGAAGCUACUUCAAAAUAUUCGAUAUACCUAUAAUGUUGACGAGUUGACCGACAAUUGGUAUGACCGUCAAGAUCUUUUGUUGGGAUUUAUUAAGAGAUGUAUUCAGGAGAAUAAAGACGUGAUGGCGGUAGAGAAUUGA